AUGAAUUCUUCUUCUAGGAACACUGUUGGGCCAGGAGGAAUGGGAAUGGAUAUACCGAUUAUGCAUGAGAGUGAUAGGUAUGAGCUUGUUCGUGAUAUUGGGUCUGGGAAUUUUGGGGUGGCUAGGCUUAUGAGAGAUAAACUCACUAAUCAACGUGUUGCUGUCAAGUAUAUUGAGAGAGGUGAUAAGAUUGAUGAAAAUGUACAGAGGGAAAUUAUAAAUCAUAGAUCACUAAGGCAUCCUAAUAUUGUCAGAUUCAAGGAGGUGAUACUUACCCCUACACAUUUAGCUAUUGUGAUGGAAUAUGCUUCUGGAGGAGAGCUAUUUGAGCGAAUAUGCAAUGCAGGACGGUUCAGCGAGGAUGAGGCACGGUUUUUCUUUCAACAACUUAUAUCAGGGGUUAGCUACUGUCAUGCAAUGCAAGUAUGUCAUCGUGACUUGAAGUUGGAGAACACGUUGUUGGAUGGUAGUCCGGCUCCUCGUUUGAAGAUUUGUGAUUUUGGGUAUUCAAAGUCAUCAGUGCUACAUUCACAACCAAAAUCUACCGUCGGUACACCUGCAUAUAUCGCUCCUGAAGUUUUGCUUAAGAAGGAAUAUGAUGGCAAGAUUGCAGAUGUAUGGUCUUGUGGUGUUACCUUAUAUGUCAUGUUAGUGGGCGCAUAUCCUUUCGAGGAUCCGGAGGAGCCUAAAAAUUUCCGGAAGACUAUUCAUAGGAUUUUGAAAGUCCAAUACUCAAUUCCUGAUUAUGUCCAAAUAUCUCCCGAGUGCCAUCAUCUGAUCUCAAGGAUCUUCGUUGCAGACCCUGCACAGAGAAUAAGUAUGUCUGAGAUUCGAAACCACGUGUGGUUUUUGAAGAACCUUCCAGCUGAUCUUAUAGUCGGAAAUACAAUGAACGACCAGUUUCAAGAGCCUGAACAACCGAUGCAGACCGUUGAAGAAAUCAUGCAGAUAAUUAGUGAAGCUACUAUUCCUGCAGCUGGAACUCAUCAGUCUCUCAACCAGUAUCUUACCGGUAGUUUGGACAUCGAUGAUGAAAUGGAUGAGGAUGUGGAAACUGAUCCCGACCUUGAUAUCGAUAGCAGUGGUGAGAUAGUUUAUGCAAUGUAA